UCUCCCCAUUACAAGUGUUCAUUGAUUAAUAUCACUACAAUAUCCACACAAAACUAUCACCCUACCCAUGACCAAUCAGAAUCUUUUAGACUUGAACUCCUUGCAAGAAUUGCCAGAAUCACAUGCAUGGUUAUCACUAGAUAACUCACCUUCUUGUGGAUCAUCGAGUCCUGAUCAAGUGCCUGUGAUCAACCUCAAUGAUCCAAACGCCAUGAAACUUGUUGGCCAUGCAUGCAAAACUUGGGGUGUCUUCCAAGUCACCAACCAUGGCGUCCCUACAAAUCUACUUGAAGAAAUGGAGGAUGCUGGUAGAAAAUUGUUUGCACUUCCUAUUCAGCAAAAGCUACAAGCUGCUCGAGCUCCAAAUGGCGUUUCUGGCUAUGGAGUAGCGAGAAUAUCAUCGUUCUUCCCGAAACUCAUGUGGUCUGAGGGGUUCACCAUCGUCGGAUCGCCGUAUGAACAUGCUCAUAAACUCUGGCCCAACUAUUAUACUCAAUUUUGUGAUGUGGUUGAAGAGUAUAAAAAAGAGAUGAACAAAUUAGCUCAAAGACUCAUGUUGUUGAUGUUGGGAUCAUUGGGUGUCACAAUGGAUGAUGUAAAAUGGGCUAGCAUACAAGGACCAACACCGGCUUUGCAACUUAAUUCGUACCCAGCUUGUCCAGAUCCAGACCGAGCCAUGGGUCUAGCGGCUCACACCGAUUCGACCCUUUUGACCAUCCUUCACCAAAGCAACACAAGUGGACUCCAGGCUCAUAAAGAAGGAACAGGUUGGGUCACAAUCCCACCUAUGCACCGUGCACUUGUUGUCAAUGUAGGGGACCUCCUUCACAUAUUGUCCAACGGGCUGUACACAAGUGUACUGCACCGAGCCAUGGUAAACAGAACCCAACACCGGUUCUCAGUGGCCUAUCUUUAUGGGCCACCAUCUAAUAUUCAGAUCUCACCUCUAUCGAAACUAACAGACAAAGUUCACCCUCCCCUUUACCGACCAGUUACAUGGAGCGAGUAUCUUGGUGCUAAGGCAAAACACUUCAACAAGGCGUUGUCUACCGUCCGUUUAUGUGCACCUCUAAAUGGAUUUGUCGAUGCAACCGAUCACAACGGUGUACAAGUUGGUUGAAUAAAUAUUGAAACAACUGUUUUUGGAUUUUUUUGUCAAUAAUUUGAGGAUAACGUUUGUAUGAAAAUAGAGAGCAUAAAGAAACAAACAACUGUUUUUGGAAUUUUGUCAUGAUAUAAAAUAAAUACUGAAAGGGUCCAUACUUAAA